GGGGGAGGCCUUUUAACCUGACACGCCGGACCAUGGACAGGAAGAGGAAAUGGGUGCUGAGCAGCGGUGCUUUGCUGGUGAUAUUCCUUGGUCACAUGACCACAGCCUUAGAAGUGCCUCUUGACCGUAAGUACUGUAGGAUAUGGUGACUGUAGAUCAGAAUGUUCAGAUUGUUCAUAGAAUUUAAGAUGGUGACUCCCGCAAUAUUGAAUGGGUACUGUAUUUUUUUGUUACUGGAAUUGUUUGUUUUCAGAUUUCAUGACAUUACUGGUUACAAGUUAGUAUGUACAGGGUUCGGAAGCAUUCAGUCAAUUAACCAUAGAUACAGUAGCUUCCUUCCAGUGACCUGCAUCUCAACAACACUGCAUGGUGACAUGAUAUGCAUGUUGGGACAGAUCUCAGAUGAUGAUACAGUUCAACCACAGUGAAGAGGAAUCCUCUAUUAUUGUCUUGCCACAUUGCAUGCAUCCCAAAUGGCACCCUAUUCCCUUUAUAGUGCACUACUUCUGACCAGAGCCCUAUAGACCCUGGUCAAAAGUAGUGCACUAUAUAGGGAAUAGGGUGCCAUUUUGGACUCAAACAUUACCCACAUUACCUUUAUCUGCCUGUUGACUAAUACUUAGCUUUCCUCACCUUCCUCACCAUUUUAUGACCAUUCAUGGGGGACAAAAAGCUAAGGUUCUGGAAGGAUGUAAGUUAUCAGUGCAUGACUCUGUCUCUGCCGUGAGAUGUAGUGUGGAGUGAUGGAGUGUGGAGAUAUUACUGUCGUGUGGAUUGGAGUGACGUCACUAAAUUUGCAUGUAGCUAUUUGGCCCCCUGUGUUUACAAACAAGCUUUUUAUUGAUUUUUUAUUUAUUUCAUGUUUGUCAUUCAUGUUUGAACCCUUUAAUUGAAUGGUAAUACAAUGAUCGUCCAUAAGUAUAAUAAGAUGCAAUGGUGAUUUACAUGUAGCAUUGUGGUUGAUAGUUACAGGAAGUGUUUGCUGCAUCUUGUCCUGCUGAGUGCAUGCUGCUUACUUUUCCUUCCAUUUGAUUUAAUGCUGGCUAAUGUGUUGCGUCUGCUUCUCUCUCUGAGUGAGUGUGUGUGUGUCUCUCUCUCUCUCACUAUGUCUGUGUGUUUGUUUGUGUGUGUGUGUGUGUGUGUAUGUGUGUGUGUCUGUGUCGCUAUGUGUGUGUGCACAUUGUGGAGUGAGGUGUGUGUAGAUUUGCCUCUGUUUAACCCUCUCGUUACCCCUCCCUCCAGUACCACAGCCCCCCACUAUAACCCACCAAUCCCCUAAGGAUUUCAUCAUCGACCCUCGGGAGAACAUCCUCAUCUACUGUGAGGCCAAAGGGAAGCCGCAUCCCAGGUGAGUGGAAUGCUGUGUGAAUAAAUCACAUUGAAGACCAUUACCAUAGAGACCCAUCGUCCAUCGCGUUAGUAACACUUAACUGCAACACCUGACUGAGCCUAACUGCCUACAGUUAAGUAGAAACUCCCUCUUGAGAGUCUCUACGCUCUUAGAAAUAAAAGCUGCUAUCUGGAGCCAAAAAGGGUUAUUCGGCUGUUCCCAUAGGAGAACCCUUUGAAGAACCCUUUAAGGUUACAGGUAAACCAUUAGAUACACCACCUUCAGUACUGACUCUCAAGUGGAGGGUUCUAAACCAUUAGAUACACCACCUUCAGUACUGACUCUCAAGUGGAGGGUUCUAAACCAUUAGAUACACCACCUUCAGUACUGACUCUCAAGUGGAGGGUUCUAAACCAUUAGAUACACCACCUUCAGGACUGACUCUCAAGUGGAGGGUUCUAAACCAUUAGAUACACCACCUUCAGUACUGACUCUCAAGUGGAGGGUUCUAAACCAUUAGAUACACCACCUUCAGGACUGACUCUCAAGUGGAGGGUUCUAAAUGAGUCACAUGAAUCCCAAUAUUCAGCCCUAUUCCAUGAACUGGAUACAUGUCUAACCUCAAUUAGAUUUUCUACUGUACUCUACUCUACUCUACCGUACUCUACUUUAACCCCUUAUGUUUCAUCCAGCUUUUCCUGGACACGGAAUGGGACGCAUUUUGACGUGGAGAAGGACUCUAAGGUGUUGAUGAAGCCGAGCUCAGGGACGCUGGUCAUAGACAUCAGUGGGGAGAAGGCUGAGGCCUACGAGGGGGUCUACCAGUGUACCGCACGCAACGAGCGCGGGACCGCUGUUUCCAACAACAUCAUCAUCAGACAGUCCAGUAAGGACUGUUACUUCCAACUGUCACUGAGCCUGUCUUUACCCUGAACCUGUCUUUACCCUGAACCUGUCUUUACUCUGAGCCUGUCUUUACCCUGAGCCUGUCUUUACCCUGAGCCUGUUGUUACCUGAGCCUGUCUUUACCCUGAGCAUGUCUUUACCCUGAGCCUAUCUUUACCCUGAGCAUGUCUUUACCCUGAGCCUGUCUUUACCCUGAGCCUGUCUUUAACCUGAGCCUCUUUACCCUGAGCCUGUCUUUACCCUGAGCCUGUCUAUACCCUGAGCCUGUUAUUACCCUGAGCCUGUUGUUACCCUGAGCCUGUCUAUACCCUGAGCCUGUUAUUACCCUGAGCCUGUUGUUACCCUGAGCCUAUCUUUAUUCCGAGCCUAUCUUUAACCUGAGCCUGUUAUUACCCUGAGCCUGUCUUUAACCUGAGCCUGUCUUUAACCUGAGCCUAUCUUCAACCUGAGCCUGUCUUUACCCUGAGCCUGUCUUUAACCUGAGCCUGUCUUCAACCUGAGCCUAUCUUCAACCUGAGCCUAUCUUCAACCUGAGCCUGUCUUUACCCUGAGCCUGUCUUUAACCUGAGCCUGUAUUUAACCUGAGCCAACUAUAGUACAACUAUUUUACCCUGGGAUUCUAGUCAUAACAAACACUUCUUCACUUUGUAAACUCUCCCUGAAGGGAUGAUGAAUCUGUAUUGAACAAGUAUUAUAAUCAGCAGAUCUUUACAGAUUAGAGUUAACCAUUCUGAUAUUUUAAAGACAUAACUCCCUGCAUUACAUUUUAAACAGGGCCCCUCCCUCCCUGCAGUACAUUUUAAACAGGGCCCCUCCCUCCCUGCAGUACAUUUUAAACAGGGCCCCUCCCUCCCUGCAGUACAUUUUAAACAGGGCCCCUCCCUCCCUGCAGUACAUUUUAAACAGGGCCCCUACCUCCCUGCAGUACAUUUUAAACAUGGCCCCUACCUCCCUGCAGUACAUUUUAAACAGGGCCCCUCCCUCCCUGCAGUACAUUUUAAACAGGGCCCCUCCCUCCCUGCAGUACAUUUUAAACAGGGCCCCUACCUCCCUGCAGUACAUUUUAAACAUGGCCCCUACCUCCCUGCAGUACAUUUUAAACAGGGCCCCUCCCUCCCUGCAGUACAUUUUAAACAGGGCCCCUCCCUCCCUGCAAUACAUUUUAAACAGGGCCCCUACCUCCCUGCAGUACAUUUUAAACAUGGCCCCUACCUCCCUGCGGUACAUUUUAAACAGGGCCCCUCCCUCCCUGCAAUACAUUUUAAACAGGGACCCCUCCCUCCCUGGAGUACAUUUUAAACAGGGCCCCUCCCUCCCUGCAGUACAUUUUAAACAGGGCCCCUCCCUCCCUGCAGUACAUUUUAAACAGGGUCCCUCCCUCCCCACAGUACAUUUUAAACAGGGCCCCUCCCUCCCUGUAGUACAUUUUAAACAGGGCCCCUCCCUCCCUGUAGUACAUUUUAAACAGGGCCCCUCCCUCCCUGCAGUACAUGUUUAAACAGGGCCCCUCCUUCCCUGCAGUACAUUUUAAACAGGGCCCCUCCCUCCCUGCAGUACAUUUUAAACAGGGCCCCUACCUCACGGCUGUCUGUAUGAUGUGUGUUUGUGUGACACAGGGUCCCCCUUGUGGUCGAAGGAGAGGAACGAGGCAAUCAUGGUGCAGGUGGGGGUGUCUCUGGUCCUGCGGUGCCGACCCCCUGCAGGCCUGCCUCCUCCCAUCAUCUUCUGGAUGGACAACAGUAAGUCUUCAUGGGGUUUCAUACGUUUAUAUAUCACUGUUGUUUGUUGAUUACAUCAAGACAGUAUGCUGUAAAGCCCAAUUUUAGAAGUCUUAUUGUCGGACUGUGCAAUACAAUGUGUUUAGAGUUUAUAUAGAGGUUGUUUUUGGUUGUCAGCAAGCAUAAAUAUUUAGUGUAAUUGUAUACAACCACCAUGUGUAACAUAUUCAUGUUUCCCCCCCCCCCCUCCCCCCCCUCCAGACUUCCAGCGCCUACCUCAGAACACACGUGUGUCCCAGGCGUUAAACGGGGACCUGUACUUCUCUAACGUCCUAUUGGAUGACACCAGGAACGACUACAUCUGUUAUGCCCGCUUCCCCCACACACAGACCAUUCAGCAGAAACAACCCAUCACUGUCAAAGUCCUGGACAGUAAGUGUCCAUCCCACUCAGCACAGAGACUUUUAACCAGUCUCAGUGGGUUCCUAACCCUUAGAUGUUUGCUGAUCUGUAAGUUGGAAGCAAUAAGGUGGAAGCUCCACCAUUACACUGCUUAUACCUAUCAAUACCCUUCAGAUCAGCAAACAAGGGUUAGGGCCAAGGCAAAGGGAGCAAAUUUGGGCAAGACGGUCUAUGUCCUGGGCUGUCCCUGGGUUGUCUGGUUCUAUCUGUGGUCUUAGUGGAAACCAUGACAUUAAUUGUCAUUGUAUGUUUACAUGUUUCUGUGCAUCUCCACAUUACCUUGUUUUGCAAUAUUUUAAUAUUGUGAUCAUUUUCUAGAGUAUUUUGUAAUACUCACAUCAUUUGAAUGUGUGAUGCAUUUUUUAAAACUGUCCUUUCAUGUUGCUGUUGUUCGAUGAUCUCCCUUUCUCUGAACUGAAUCUCCCCCAUGGUUGUUCCCCUGUAGAUGUCUAAGUAGUACUGCAUGCUUCUGAUACUUCUGAUUGAUUUUUACAGUGGAUGCAAUCAAUGAAACUGUGGCAGCUAUGUACAAUUAUACGAACGAUUUAUUUGUUGGUGAGUGCUGGUUUACCCCCUUACCCCAAAGUGAACCCAGCCCCAUCCCAACUCCUCCUUUUAGUCUAACCUCACCUGAAAUAUACCUGACCCACCUGACUCCAACACCUGUUGUAUAACCUACCUGGAAUAUACCUGACCCACCUGACUCCAACACCUGUUGUAUAACCUACCUGGAAUAUACCUGACCCACCUGACUCCAACACCUGUUGUAUAACCUACCUGGAAUAUACCUGACCCACCUGACUCCAACACCUGUUGUAUAACCUACCUGGAAUAUACCUGACCCACCUGACUCCAACAACCUGUUGCAUAACCUACCUGGAAUAUACCUGACCCACCUGACUCCAACAACCUGUUGUAUAACCUACCUGGAAUAUACCUGACCUGAUAAUCUACUCCCAACCUCCUCCUGUGUGACUAAAUUAACAUUUAUAACAUAAUAUUACAAAAUAACAUCAAACAAUGUUAAUUAAAUUCCAUAACUAAACCCUCUCCCUUUACGCUGUACUUUGUUAGCUUAGCAUACCUUCUCACUUUGAAAACCAAAUGUCUAAAUGAAAGGUGGAUUAAUUUAUAGAAAACCAAUCAGGAAAAAGCAACCAAUCAAAUCCCUUUUCUUUACUGUAAUGGAUGUUCCUUUCUUUGGCUGGAUAUUCCUUCCAAAGCAAUGGACAUUAAUCUACUAAUGUUAACCAUAGGCUGAGCAUUAGCUUAGCAUUAUUCAUAGUAAAAGGUAUGCUCCUCCUAGUUUCAAUUCAACACGUAACCCAAUAGUUAGAUGAUGAAAUCCAAUGUGAAGCAAACAGCAUAUAGGACUAGUUUGAUGAAACUCUUGCCUGACCCAUAGGCAGUAUUUUCUCUCUCUUCUAGAUCUUUCCAUGUUCUUUUAAUGUAAGUCUCCGACCCUGAAAAAGGCAUGCAUGGAAAGAUCAUUAAACUCAAUCUGUGUUCUGUCCAUCAAAUCAGCGGUUCACGUCAAUGUGUUGUAUACAGCACAUUCCCCCCAGCUCUACUCACUCAAUCUAGUCUAAUUAUAAAUUUACCCGGAAGAUAUUUUCCAAGACCUUUCAGUAAGGGAUUGCUUAUGGCUGAAAAUGUCAGAAUCAUAGCAACCGUAGCUAGCUUAUGGCUAAAAUCUGUCAUAUGAUUAUAUCGAGGAAGGAUACUAAGGGUGAUGUGGUGGAAGGAAGCUCUAGGGGCAGUGAGAGAUCCCUUGGUUGUCUUGGCAACGGAUUGACGAAGGACGACCUGUCUCUCCAGGUGUUCUGUGUUUACUUUAGACCAGUGGCCAUACUGUAUAUAGUGCACUAUGCUGAAUAGGGUGCUGUUUGGGAAGCAGCCUCUGAUAGGGCCAACGUAGGGCCUGCCUGGCUACAGUUAAGUCAUUAUAUAUCCACUAUCACAGUCCAUAACAGCACGUGAUAUUACUACUAUCCUUUAAUAGUCUAUAUGUCGCUGGUGCUGGACUACUGGCUCUACGAACUGAACGCUCACAGCUAGCUACAGACAGUUAUACCCUUUCCAAUCCAGCAACUAUGGUGGAUAUGUACCCACUACCCAGGUCAGUGAAGUACUACUCAGCUUGUCUCAGCUCGGCUUGGCUCAGUAGUGUGAACAGGGUAUAAGAAACGUGUGGUUCUGGUGCUGAGAUGGUUGUUUCCUGUCCUGUUCUCCAGACAGUCCAUCGGGGGAGCGGCAACCCAGCUUCAUGGCUCCUCUUGGGAAGAGCAGCACCCAGAUGGCCCUGAGAGGAGGGGUUCUGGAGCUGGAGUGUAUCGCUGAAGGACUGUAAGUACACCCACAACACUGCUUGAACAACACUGCUGUGCACAAGGUUUUUGACUUCUGUUUUUGCACAAGGGCAGGUUGGUUUGUUUAGUCUUUGUAUCUGACUGUUUCUGCAUUCAGCAAUACUACUUGUUUGGUAUUGCAAAACCAGGCUGGUUACCUAGACAACAGUUGACUAGCUGUCUGUCUGUUCUUUUUGGGAGAUGACAAUACACAGAUAUUGGUAAAUUAUUUCUUUUUUGUUGUUGUUUUUGCUAGCCCGACUCCGGAGGUGUCCUGGUAUAAGGAGAGUGGCGACCUUCCUAGCAGCCGGAUGUCCUUCCACAACUUCCAGAAGACGUUGAAGAUCGCAGACGUGAUGGAGGCGGACGCUGGGGACUACCGCUGCACCGCCAAGAACAGCCUAGGCUCCGCCCACCACAUCAUCAAAGUCAACGUCAAAGGUCUGUGACACAACGCAGAGUUAGGACUAGAUGAAAUAUGUGGAGAAAUGUUCCUGACACUGGUACCUUUACAGUGUUACCGUAACAGAAAUGUUCCUAACACUAGUACCUUUACAGUGUUACCGUAACAGAAAUGUUCCUAACACUAGUACCUUUACAGUGUUACCAUAACAGAAAUGUUCCUGACACUAGUACCUUUACAGUGUUACCGUAACAGAAAUGUUCCUGACACUAGUACCUUUACAGUGUUACCGUAACAGAAAUGUUCCUGACACUAGUACCUUUACAGUGUUACCGUAACAGAAAUGUUCCUGACACUAGUACCUUUACAGUGUUACUGUAACAGAAAUGUUCCUGACACUAGUACCUUUACAGUGUUACCGUAACAGAAAUGUUCCUGACACUAGUACCUUUACAGUGUUACCGUAACAGAAAUGUUCCUGACACUAGUACCUUUACAGUGUUACCGUAACAGAAAUGUUCCUGACACUAGUACCUUUACAGUGUUACCGUAACAGAAAUGUUCCCAACACUAUACCUUUACAGUGUUCACAUAGAGUGUUUGCAGGGUGGUGAAAACUAUAGGAAGGCUAUUUUUUCAAGCAUUGUGUUUAGAAUUUGGCAUGCAGAUUAGUCGUCACUCUCCUCUCUCUUCCUGACUAAUCCACCCCCCACCACCCCUCCCCCUCAGCGGCUCCGUUCUGGAUCAGUGCCCCCAGGAACCUGAUACUGGCCCCCAUGGAGACGGGCAUCCUCACCUGCAGGGUCAAUGGAGACCCCAAGCCCAAAAUCACAUGGUCCGUCAACGGAGUCCCCAUCGAAAGUGAGUCUAGUCCACUUCCACCCCAGCCUGCGGCUCAAUGGAACGAAUCCUAACUGGAGAAAUGCACACUAAAGCUUACAUUUACAUUUGAGUAAUUUAGAAAACACUCUUAUCCAGAGCGAUUUACAGUCAGUGUGUUUCACAGUAGGUAGAACAGCAACAGAGCUCAGAUACUUUUGCAGAAAUCAUUCAUUGAUGUCAAUGAGAGAUUUGCACGAAACAUGGUGAUGCACGCAAGUAGAGUAUCCUAUCUCAAGUUAGGAUUCGUCCCCUAUGUGACCAGAGCACACAUCUAUACGGUUUCAUCUCUCUGUUGAGUAUGAACAUCCAGAUGUGCAGGAGGAAGAGUGAACAGAGGAUUGAAUGUGUGACAUACUUGUAUAUCCAGCCUGUGAUCCCUUGAUAGACUCUCCGAAGGACGUGAGUCGGAAGGUGGAGGACGACACAGUGAUUCUGAGCGACGUCCAGACCGGCUCCAGCGCUGUCUACCAGUGCAACGCCUCCAAUGAGUUUGGCUACCUGCUGGCUAAUGCUUUUGUCAAUGUGCUUGGUGAGUUACUGGAAACACAACCAUUGAGUCUGCCUUUUAGAAUCAGGAUAUUGAGUCAAUAAACAAAAAACAACUCUGAACUCUUGAGCAUUUUGUGUUCGCUGCGUCAUUCUCAUGUCAAGGUAUGGUAUAGUAAUCAUUAUCAAUAUUAUUUGUUUCUGUUUUCAGCCGAAGCACCAAGGGUGCUGACUCCCCCCAACAAUGUGUACCAGGUCAUCACCAACAAUCCUGCUUUACUGGACUGUGCCUCGUUCGGCUCACCCAUACCAACCAUCACAUGGUUAGUCCAUCAGACUCUAAGUAUCGCAAGCCAGUCAGCCAGAGUCUAGUCUCAUAAGCCAGUUAGCCAGAGUCUAGUCUCACAAGCCAGUCAGCCAGAGUCUAGUCUCAUAAGCCAGUCAGCCAGAGUCUCGCAAGCCAGUCAGCCAGACUCUAAGUCUCCCAUCUUGUUUAUAAAGUAGGUACAGUACAUAUCCAGUGGUUGCCCAGUAGCUUUUUCAUGCUCUCAAAAACCUUUCUCACAAGAGACACCACGUAGGGAUGUUGUAAAGGGCACUCUGUUAACACCACUCUGUUAACACCACUGCACUUCCUAAUGGAGAUCACUGAGGCUAGUGUGAUCGUGAACAGAGGGCUGCUAAUGAAUAUGACACAGUGUCCAGUAAAGUCCUACAGUCACAAACUGUUCUACAUUAUCUUCUCAUAAGGAACUGAGCUGAUGAAGUCUCACAGGGUCCUAGUGUUCUAGUGUGUUUCCUCUGAUGAAGUCUCUCAGGGUCCUAGUGUUCUAGUGUGUUUCCUCUGAUGAAGUCUCACAGGGUCCUAGUGUUCUAAUGUGUUUCCUCUGAUGGAGUCUCACAGGGUCCUAGUGUUCUAAUGUGUUUCCUCUGAUGAAGCUAUCACCAGGAGUCCUAGUGUUUAAUGUGGUUCCUCUGAUGAAGUCUCUCAGGGUCCUAGUGUUCUAGUGUGUUUCCUCUGAUAGUCUCUCAGGGUCCUAGUGUUCUAAUGUGUUUCCUCUGCAGGUUUAAGGACAGCCAGACUAGUAUCCUGAAUAGAGACCCAUAUAUGAUCCAUAAUAACGGUACCUUAGAGAUCAACGUAGCCCAGCCCCUGAACAGUGGCAAGUACACCUGUAUAGCCUCCAACAACCUGGGAACAAAGGAGAACCAUGUCUACCUAGAGGUCAAAGGUCAGACAAGCCCGCUCCUAACCUGAUUAUAAUGCUUUAUGAAUGUAGUUAUAGACACUUAUAAUGCUUUAUGAAUAUAGUUAUAGACACUUAUAAUGCAUUAUGAAUGUAGUUAUAUACACUUAUAAUGCAUUAUGAAUGUAGUUAUAUACACUUAUAAUGCAUUAUGAAUGUAGUUAUAGACACUUAUGAUGCAUUAUGCCUGUAGUUAUAGACACUUAUAAUGCAUUAUGAAUGUCUUUAUAGACACUUAUAAUGCAUUAUGAAUGUAGUUAUAGAUGUUAUAAUCCAUUAUGAAUGUAGUUAUAAAUGUUAUAAUGCAUUAUGAAUGUAGUUAUAUAUGUUAUAAUCCAUUAUGAAUGUAGUUAUAGAUGUUAUAAUGCAUCAUGAAUGUAGUUAUAUAUGUUAUAAUCCAUUAUGAAUGUAGUUAUAUAUGUUAUGAUCCAUUAUGAAUGUAGUUAUAGAUGUUAUAAUGCAUUAUGAAGAGGGUAUUCAUAGGAAGUGUAACCAUAUGUGUGUAUUUUCCUCCAGAGCCGACGAGGAUCCUGGCCCAGCCAGAGUACAUGGUGGUCCAGAGGAACAGGAAGGCAGUGUUUGAGUGUAAAGUAAAACACGACCCCACCCUCAUCCCCACCAUGACCUGGCUCAAAGACAACGGAGAGCUGCCUGACGACGAGAGGUACUGGAGACCAUCUCCUCUAUACACAUGUUCUCUUUACAGACAUGGGUCUGCUAUAGGCCAGUGGUGGUCAACCCUCCUCCAGGAGAGAUACCGUCCUCCAUGAUUCUGACACACCUCAUUCUACUAAUCAAACUGCUCCUCAGGCCCUUUAUUAGCUGCAUUAUAAUAAUAAUAAUAUGCCAUUUAGCAGACGCUUUUAUCCAAAGCGACUUACAGUCAUGCGUGCAUACAUUUUUGUGUAUGGGUGGUCCCGGCGAUCGAACCCACUACCUUGGCGAUACAAGCGCCGUGCUCUACCAGCUGAGCUACAGAGGACCACACAUUAGGUGUGUUAUAGCAGGGCUGGAGCAAAAGUAUUUUAGUAAAUGUAUGGUUGGAUGUUACUGUAAGCAGGAUUGUCUGACUGUGUGUGGUGGUGUUUUGUUAGGUUCGUGGUGGACACUGACAGUCUGACCAUCAAAGACGUGACAGAGGGGGACGAGGGAACCUACACCUGUGUCAUGAACACCACCCUGGACCAGGACUCAGCUAGCGCCAUGCUCACUGUCGUUGGUGGGUUUACCAUUAUACUUCACAUGAUGUUUACCUAACUUAUCUUAGGAAAUAAAACACAUUCUAUCAUUUCCUUGUUAUCUAUAUUCUAUCUCCUUUACUUACCCUUAUGACAAAGGAUGUUUUUAGUCUCUGUGGUAGACAAGCUUGUUCUGAAUAGUCUGCUAACAUCUUUAUUUACAUACUUUGUAGUCUGAUCCAACGCUCACACACAGUUGUAAUACUAGAGUGUUGUAAUACUGAUGAUUGACCAUAGUAACAGUAGUAUUUCAUAACCAAUACUAGUGUUGUAAUACUGAUGAUUGACUAUAGUAACAGUAGUAUUUCAUAACCAAUACUAGUGUUGUAAUACUGAUGAUUGACUAUAGUAACAGUAGUAUUUCAUAACCAGUACUAGUGUUGUAAUACUGAUGAUUUACUAUAGUAACAGUAGUAUUUCAUAACCAAUACUAGUGUUGUAAUACUGUUGAUUGACUAUAGUAACAGUAGUAUUUCAUAACCAAUACUAGUGUUGUAAUACUGAUGAUUGACUAUAGUAACAGUAGUAUUUCAUAACCAAUACUAGAGUGUUGUAAUACUGAUGAUUGACCAUAGUAACAGUAGUAUUUCAUAACCAAUACUAGUGUUGUAAUACUGAUGAUUGACUAUAGUAACAGUAGUAUUUCAUAACCAAUACUAGUGUUGUAAUACUGAUGAUUGACUAUAGUAACAGUAGUAUUUCAUAACCAAUACUAGUGUUGUAAUACUGAUGAUUGACUAUAGUAACAGUAGUAUUUCAUAACCAGUACUAGUGUUGUAAUACUGAUGAUUUACUAUAGUAACAGUAGUAUUUCAUAACCAAUACUAGUGUUGUAAUACUGAUGAUUGACUAUAGUAACAGUAGUAUUUCAUAACCAAUACUAGUGUUGUAAUACUGAUGAUUGACUAUAGUAACAGUAGUAUUUCAUAACCAAUACUAGUGUUGUAAUACUGAUGAUUGACUAUAGUAACAGUAGUAUUUCAUAACCAAUACUAGUGUUGUAAUACUGAUGAUUGACUAUAGUAACAGUAGUAUUUCAUAACCAAUACUAGUGUUGUAAUACUGAUGAUUGACUAUAGUAACAGUAGUAUUUCAUAACCAAUACUAGUGUUGUAAUACUGAUGAUUGACUAUAGUAACAGUAGUAUUUCAUAACCAGUACUAGUGUUGUAAUACUGAUGAUUGACUAUAGUAACAGUAGUAUUUCAUAACCAAUACUAGUGUUGUAAUACUGAUUAUUGACUAUAGUAACAGUAGUAUUUCAUAACCAAUACUAGUGUUGUAAUACUAAUGAUUGACUAUAGUAACAGUAGUAUUUCAUAACCAAUACUAGUGUUGUAAUACUGAUCAUUGAUGAUAGUAACAGUAGUAUUUCAUAACCAAUACUAGAGUGUUGUAAUACUGAUGAUUGACUAUAGUAACAGUAGUAUUUCAUAACCAAUACUAGUGUUGUAAUACUGAUGAUUGACUAUAGUAACAGUAGUAUUUCAUAACCAAUACUAGUGUUGUAAUACUGAUGAUUGACGAUAGUAACAGUAGUAUUUCAUAACCAAUACUAGAGUGUUGUAAUACUGAUGAUUGACUAUAGUAACAGUAGUAUUUCAUAACCAAUACUAGUGUUGUAAUACUGAUGAUUGACUAUAGUAACAGUAGUAUUUCAUAACCAAUACUAGUGUUGUAAUACUGAUGAUUGACUAUAGUAACAGUAGUAUUUCAUAACCAAUACUAGUGUUGUAAUACUGAUGAUUGACUAUAGUAACAGUAGUAUUUCAUAACCAAUACUAGUGUUGUAAUACUGAUGAUUGACUAUAGUAACAGUAGUAUUUCAUAACCAAUACUAGAGUGUUGUAAUACUGAUGAUUGACUAUAGUAACAGUAGUAUUUCAUAACCAAUACUAGUGUUGUAAUACUGAUGAUUGACUAUAGUAACAGUAGUAUUUCAUAACCAAUACUAGAGUGUUGUAAUACUGAUGAUUGACUAUAGUAACAGUAGUAUUUCAUAACCAAUACUAGUGUUGUAAUACUGAUGAUUGACUAUAGUAACAGUAGUAUUUCAUAACCAAUACUAGAGUGUUGUAAUACUGAUGAUUGACUAUAGUAACAGUAGUAUUUCAUAACCAAUACUAGUGUUGUAAUACUGAUGAUUGACUAUAGUAACAGUAGUAUUUCAUAACCAAUACUAGAGUGUUGUAAUACUGAUGAUUGACUAUAGUAACAGUAGUAUUUCAUAACCAAUACUAGUGUUGUAAUACUGAUGAUUGACUAUAGUAACAGUAGUAUUUCAUAACCAAUACUAGAGUGUUGUAAUACUGAUGAUUGACUAUAGUAACAGUAGUAUUUCAUAACCUUACUGUUGCUGUGUAGUCUUAUUCUCCCUCUCUCAGACCAAUGUUGUGUCACUAACCUCUAACUCCUACCUUACGCCUGCCCUCGCUCUCUCAGAGGCUACUCCAACUCCUGCUAUUGUCUACGGUAAACAACGCUGGCACUAUUGGCCGUAUUAGCAUUCCAUCACCAUCACCAUCGUCAUCAUUCCUCAUCCACUCCUCUCCCUCGGUCCUGAGUGUGUGAGAGCUGACCCUCACCCUUACUGUAACAGUCCUGAGUGUGUGAGAGCUGACCCUCACUCUUACUGUAACAGUCCUGAGUGUGUGAGAGCUGACCCUCACCCUUACUGUAACAGUCCUGAGUGUGUGAGAGCUGACCCUCACCCUUACUGUAACAGUCCUGAGUGUGUGAGAGCUGACCCUCACCCUUACUGUAACAGUCCUGAGUGUGUGAUAGCUGACCCUCACCCUUACUGUAACAGUCCUGAGUGUGUGAGAGCUGACCCUCACCCUUACUGUAACAGUCCUGAGUGUGUGAGAGCUGACCCUCACCCUUACUGUAACAGUCCUGAGUGUGUGAGAGCUGACCCUCACCCUUACUGUAACAGUCCUGACCGUUUUGUUAGCAUGCUAUGGCUCUGUUGUGAUGCUCCUGCAGUGGCACAUUGACAGACCGUGACCAGAGGGAACCAGUCUGUGUGUGUUUGAAGUGUCUGGUGUAUCAUUAGAUUUAUUCAGUAGUGUGAUUAUUAUUAUUAUUAGUUCCUAUGUCUGACUACUGUGUUUUGUGUUGGAGUUGUAUCCUGCUCAUUUUAGACUCGCGCUCAGUUAAUCAGUUUAUCAAACAAGGCAUGCUGACUCCCACCACCCAAAGCAUCAAGUGACCUUGUUGUUGUAGUGAGUGGUACUGACACCAUGUUUUCCUCUCCAGAGGAACCGGACCCUCCUACAGACCUGGAGCUGACUGACCAGAGAGAUAGGAGCGUCCAGCUCACCUGGAUACCUGGAGACGAACACAACAGCCCUACACAGAGUACUGUAUUAUAAUGAACACAGCAGCCCUACACAGAGUACUGUAUUAUAAUGAACACAACAGUCCUACACAGAGUACUGUAUUAUAAUGAACACAGCAGCCCUACACAGAGUACUGUAUUAUAAUGAACACAACAGUCCUACACAGAGUACUGUAUUAUAAUGAACACAACAGUCCUACACAGAGUACUGUAUUAUAAUGAACACAACAGCCCCACACAGAGUACUGUAUUAUAAUGAACACAACAGCCCUACACAGAGUACUGUAUUAUAAUGAACACAACAGCCCUACACAGAGUACUGUAUUAUAAUGAACACAACAGCCCUACACAGAGUACUGUAUUAUAAUGAACACAACAGUCCUACACAGAGUACUGUAUUAUAAUGAACACAACAGCCCCACACAGAGUACUGUAUUAUAAUGAACACAACAGUCCUACACAGAGUACUGUAUUAUAAUGAACACAACAGCCCUACACAGAGUACUGUAUUAUAAUGAACACAACAGCCCUACACAGAGUACUGUAUUAUAAUGAACACAACAGCCCUACACAGCGUACUGUAUUAUAAUGAACACAACAGGGUCACUACCAACAGGGUCAACAGGGUCACUACCAACAGGGUCAACAGGGUCACUACCAACCCAAGAUCCAAUCCAUUUCCCUCCUCUUGUGUUCUAACCCCUCCUCCAUGUUCUAACCCCUCCUCCAUGUUCUAACCCCUCCUCCAUGUUCUAACCCCUCCUCCAUGUUCUAACCCCUCCUCCAUUUUCUAACCCCUCCUCAAUGUUCUAACCACUCCUCUAUGUUCUAACCCCUCCUUCGUGUUCUAACCCCUCCUCCAUGUUCUAACCCCUCCUCCAUGUUCUAACCCCUCCUCCAUGUUGUCUCCCCUCCCAGAGUUCCUGGUCCAGUAUGAGGAUCUGCUCCACCAGGCUGGGGUGUGGCACAACCUGACAGAGGUGGAGGGCACCAAGACCACGGCCCACCUGGACCUGUCCCCCUACGUCUACUACUCCUUCAGGGUGCUGGCCAUGAACCAUGUGGGCCACAGCCAGCCCAGCCAGCCCUCCAGGCAGUACAGGACCAACCCUGCAGGUAAAACUAUACUGUGGAUCUUAGUUUAUUAAACCAUGUGGGCCACAGCCAGCCCAGCCAGCCCUCCAAACAGUACAGGACAAACCCUGCAGGUAAAACUAUACUGUGCAUCUUAGUUUAUUGUCAAAGAAAUGCAAAUGGUCUGUUCUAAAACUGUAGAAGUGUUAGAGGUAGGGAUGACUAGUGUUGAAGAGUAGGUUGGUCAGAAGUGUUAGGGUGAGAGGUAGGGAUGGCUAUAGAGUAAGAUGGUCAGAAGUGUUAGAGUGAGAGGUAGGGAUGACUAUAGAGUAAGAUGGUCAGAAGUGUUAGAGUGAGAGGUAGGGAUUACUAUAGAGUAAGAUGGUCAGAAGUGUUAGAGUGAGAGGUAGGGAUUACUAUAGAGUAAGAUGGUCAGAAGUGUUAGAGUGAGAGGUAGGGAUGACUAUAGAGUAAGAUGGUCAGAAGUGUUAGAGUGAGAGGUAGGGAUUACUAUAGAGUAAGAUGGUCAGAAGUGUUAGAGUGAGAGGUAGGGAUUACUAUAGAGUAAGAUGGUCAGAAGUGUUAGAGUGAGAGGUAGGGAUUACUAUAGAGUAAGAUGGUGUGAUGUACACUGUAGAAAAUAGGUUUGGUCUGAUCUGUGAUCUGUUUGUGACUCUGUUAGCUCCAGCUGAGAAUCCAACAGAUGUCCAAGGUGUUGGAACUGAACAUAAUAACUUAGUCAUCUCAUGGAAGGUAAGAUAUGCUCCAUCUAAAGUAUAAUCACUAUCAUUAGUCCUAAUUCAGCAGCCUGCAGUGGAUCAGUUUGAGUAUUCCUGACCCUAUUCAUGGUGGCACCAUAUCAUUAUUAUCCCAGUGAUUCCAAGACCCCUCUUCCCCUCUUCCCCUCUAAUCUCUCUCCCAUAGGAGCUGACAGGCCUCCAGUCCAACGGGCCAGGACUACAGUACAAGGUGAACUGGAGACAGAAGGAUGUGGAGGAGGACUGGUCUUCUGAGACCGUGGCAAACGCCUCCAAGUAUGUGGUGUCAGGCACGCCCACUUUCGUACCCUACGAGGUCAAAGUUCAGGCGGUGAACGACUAUGGAAACGGACCAGCGCCUGAGACAGUGGUGGGAUACUCUGGAGAGGACGGUGAGUAUUGUAUUGUGUGUGUGUGUGUGUGUGUUUGUGUAUGUGUAUGUGUCUGUGUGUGUGUGUGUGUUUGUGUGUAGAGAGGACUGUGAGUACUACUACUGUACAUGAGGAGGUUGUGAAUGGAGAGAGCAAUGGUCUUUUUCAGAGCCAUGCAUCAUUUUCAGAGCCCAACUGAAACUGUCACCAUAAGUUCCAAUAACUUCCUGCUCCCAUUCAUUUCUAGUUAGAAUGCAAAUUAGAAUGAUGUUGUCAUGAAACAUUUGAUGCCAGUAUGGAGUAUAGUCUGUUGAACUGUUUGUCUGUCACUCAGUGCCCAUGUCAGCCCCAGAGAGUGUCCAGGUGCUGGUUCAGAACGGGACGCUAGCAGAGGUUCACUGGGAGCCUGUCCUCACCCCCAUGGUCAGAGGACGACUACAGGGCUACAAGGUAGUGUACACAGAAACCAGGGAUCCCUCACAAUGUGGAGAAAUGUUUAUUAUCACUACAGUAUAUUGAUAGUUGAAAUACAUACGUAGCAGUUAGUGGCAAAGUUAAGGUGGCAAGAUUCUGGUAUGUUUGCCAAAAUACCCAUGUUUUCCUGCAAUCAGGAGGGGAUAAGCAGGAAAUCUGACAAUCAUCGAACCAGGAAAAACCUGGUAAUUUUGUGAAAGUGACCAGAAUGUUUGUGUGAUGUUUGUGAUGUGUGAUGUGUGAUGUGUGAUGUGUGAUGUGUGAUGUGUGAUGUGUGAUGUGUGAUGUGUGAUGUGUGAUGUGUGUGUGUGUGAUGUGUGUGUGUGUGUGUGUGUGUGUGUGUGUGUGUGUGUGUGUGUGUGUGUGUGUGUGUGUGUGUGUGUGGUCCUGCAGGUGACCUACUGGCGUGAACGUAGCCUCCACCAGGCAGAGGGACAACAGGGGGAGCAGCAGGUGUUGGCCUUCAGUGGGAACAGGAGUGAGGGCAGACUACCAGGCCUCCAACCAUACAGCCUCUACACACUCAACAUCAGGGUGGUCAACGGCAAGGGAGAGGGGCCCCCCAGCCCCAACCAGAACUUUGAGACCCCAGAGGGAAGUAAGGGUCAUCAUUCAGACUCCUACUGUUAUUGGAUAGAUUCUCUGUGUGUAAUCCGUAUACCAAAGGAGGCUGGUGAGGGGAGGAUGGAUCAUAAUAAUGAAUGGAAUGGAGUGAAUGGAAUGGUAUCAAACACAUGAAAACCAGGCGUUUGAUGUGUUUGAGACCAUUCCAUUUACUCCGCUCCAGCCAUUACCAUGAGCCCGUCCUCCCCAUUUAAAGUGCCACCAGCCACCACUACUGUGUACAUUUAGUCAUGCAUUGUGCUAUACUGUAGGAAGGGGCUCACUAUGGGCUUGAAACAAGGCUGAUAAAAGGUCAGUACUUGUUCACAUUCCAUAUCAGGUUAGAAUGGUUUUGUCUGUACGCUACUAUAUGGUUUUGUGCUUAUGAAUGAUGUUUUUCUUUAGUUAAUAAGUAAUGUUUUAUAAUUGCAUCCAUACAUUAUGUCAUUGUAUUCCUGUGUUUGUCUGUGUGUGUUUAGUCCCCGGUCCUCCUUCCUUCCUGCGUAUAAAGAACCCCAACAUGGACUCUUUGACGCUGGAGUGGGGUCCUCCACAGGACAACAAUGGCCGUCUCACCGGAUACACACUGAAAUACCAGCCAGGUAAGUGGCUGACCCUGGCUUCUACCCCUAUGGGUGUGUAUGUGUGUGUGCCUCAGUGUGAUUGGGUUAAAAUCAAAAGAAGCGUUUCAAUAUCUUUAUCUUCAUGGAUCUCUCUCUCUCUCUCUCUCUCUCUCUCUCUCUCUCUCUCUGGCUCUCUCUAGGUCUCUGAUCUUCUCUCUCUCUCUAGCUCUCUCGUCUCGGCUCUCUGCUCUCUACUUACUCUCGCGCUCGCUAGAUAGCAGCUCUCUCGAAGAGAGCGAUCUAUCGCUCCUCUAUCAAUCGUCCUCUCUUCUCUCUCUGCUCUCUCUCUCUCUCUCUCUCUCUCUCUCUCUCUCUCUCUCUCCUCUCUCUCUCUCUCUCUCUCUCUCUCUCUCCCCCUCCUCCUCCUCUCUCUCUCUCAGUCAACAACUCCAAUGAGCUUGGUCCCAUGGAGGAGAUGACGUUCCCAGCCAAUGAGACCACCAUAACCCUGGCCAACCUCAAGUACAGCACCCGCUACAAGUUUUACUUCAACGCUAAGACCAUCAAGGGCUCCGGCCCAACCAUCACAGAGGAGGCUGUCACUAUCAUGGAUGAAGGUAAGUUUUACGUAGAAUGAAAUCCAACACUAGAAUGGCCUUUGGCAUCCCGGCAAGGUGAUUACAGGACGGCCAUCUUGGUCAGGGAAUCUAAUGUAUCUCUAUGGAGCUUUAGGUACUGUGAAAGCAAAUUGUACAAAGUAUUAUGGGUGUGUUGAAGUUUAAAGCAGCUGUCUAGGAAUUUGAGAGUGGUUUCUCUCAGAUUUCUCUCAGCUGUUUACCAAAACAAGUGGUGGGCGGCAGUUUACGGACUGUAACUUUUCCUACAGCGCAGCGUCCAACGUUUCCUACGGCGUCCCAUAUGGGAGUCAUUCUUUUCUCAGCGGACACUUUGCAGGUUGCAUGAACUCUUUGACGUGUUCAAGUGUGGUAAAACUGUCACCCGUGUUGUUCGACCUGUAGUGAAUCAUUCUGUUUGGCUUCAACUUGGUGAAAUAAGACUUUGUCUUUUAAAAUGGGACCCCAGUGUGAUCUAGUUGUACCUUUCCUUGCUCGUCUACUUACAUCACCUCUGCCUGUGUUUGUGCUCUCAUCUCUUCUCUCUCUCUUUAUUCCCCUCUUCCUCCUCUUCUCUCUGAAGCCUUUAUACAGCAACCCAUAGUAGAUGUGGUCAAAGGUAAAAUAAGUCUCUCAGCGGAAGCACCUGCAUGUUCUGCCAGAUAGAGAAACUAGACUCUGAUAGAUAGCUACUGUAGAUCUGUCUGCAUGUGCCUUCCUCCAUCAUCAGCGAACUGUAGCAUGAUGCACUACAGUACCCAUAAUGCUCUGUGUUAGCUACUGUGGGAGUAGAUGUUAACUCUAAGGCUACGUUCCAAUAGCCGUUCUAGAACACUGCUUAGAAUGCAUGCCCCCAAAGCAUUUCCUCACUCUAAGUGGUAAGCUAAAGAAAUCAUCCUAUAACUGCGUUCAUUGCAUCCGCAAGCACCAAGCCUUGUGUCCAAUUCGAAAAAGAAGGGUCACGUUAAAAGACCUAAAUGGAUUAAUAUUCUAGGCUACUCAUCUCUUUCAUUCUCUCAGUCUUUCCCCUAUUCCCUUGCUCUUGCUCAUGAAUGAAUUCCACCACUGUGUCAUUUGCUUUAUUAAGCCGUCCUGCAUGAUGCUGUACCACUGGACAGUCUGCAUGCUGUUAACUGCUCUAUCUCUAACUACUAGAACUACUAGUAACUACUCUAUAGUAUUGUGGUACUAUUUGUUUGUCUGUGGUGUCUGUUGUGUUUGUGGUGUUUGUGUUGUUUGUGGUGGUAGUGGUGUCUGUGGUGUCUGUGGUGUUUGUGGUGUCUGUGGUGUUUGUGGUGUUUGUGGUGUCUGUGUUGUUUGUGGUGUCUGUGGUGGUGGUGGUGUUUGUGGUGUCUGUGGUGGUGGUGUCUGUGGUGUUUGUGGUGUUUGUGAUGGUGGUGGUGGUGGUGGUGGUGGUGUUUGUGGUGUUUGUGUUGUCUGUGGUGUCUGUAGUGGUGGUGGUGGUGUCUGUGGUGUUUGUGGUGUCUGUGGUGGUGGUGGUGGUGGUGGUGUUUGUGGUGUUUGUGGUGUCUGUGGUGGUGGUGGUGUUUGUGGUGUCUUACUCUUCUCUGUGGUGUUGUUGUUUCAGGCCACACAGAACCCCAUCAUCCAAUCUCUCCCAUCACUCAGUCUCUGCGCCCCCCGUUUCACAAGGGUACUACAGCCAUUCCCUGUGUCCCUUACUUCUCUCUCCAUUAAAUCUCUAGCCCAAAAGAGGAACAUUUUAACUUAUCGUUUAGGGCAGUUGUGUGUCCUGUGUCUAGCUUGCAUAUGAGAAAUGAUUAGUUCUCAGGGAAAUAUGGUGGAAAAUGCAGAAAAGUAAGAAAAAGCAGAAUAUCUGUAGACAUUUAGUGAAAGGUGUGACUCAUUUUCUGGAAAACAAAACAUUAUUAGGUUACAAAGUCUACAGUUUGUAUUUGAGUCUAAGUUAACUCCUCCAUGACCUUCUGUAACGUCCUGUCUCUGAGACUGUAUAUUACUGGCUAUGAUUCCAACUUGUGUAGCUCAACACCUGUCCUGUAUGUAUGUUCUUCCCUGUGUGGUCAGUGGGUCCGAUAGGCCCGGCGUUCACCAAUGUAAACUCAUCUGUGGUGGGAGAGGAGGGAGCAGUGAUAAGUUGGGAAUACUUUGGACCAGAUAAGAAUGUGUAUGUGGAGUAUAUUGUAGAAAACAGUAAGCUAUUCCUACUUCUAUACAAUAUCGUCUCAUCACAUCACAAAGCAAAUUGCAUGCUCAUAAACAUACAGUUAAGCAUAUAAACUGCCUGUCAAACGUUAAAGUAUCAUUGUUCAUUUAUUCCUAAACUUGGAUCAUCAGUGCCUAUAAAAAUGAGUAUGCAAACCCACUGUUAACAUACCUCAUAGAAUGAGGAAGUGGCAUGCUCAACUCAAAAGUUUGAAGUAAUAAAACGUUUUUCAGUACAUACAUCAUAUUAUCACCCAAAUACUUGCCUUUUCCAAUACAUACUUUCCUUCUCUCGAUUUUCACUUUCUUCCCAACCCCUCCAUUCCCUCCAGGUAAAGAAGACUGGACAAAAGAGUUUGUAAACGGCAGUAGCGGGUCUCAGACCUAUCUGAUAAAGGGCUUAAAGCCGGGGACGUCCUAUAGGGUUCGGGUGGUAGUUAAAGACCGUUCUGAGGCUACCAUACACAGUACAGAGGAGCUAGUGAUAACGCUGCCAGGUGAGGCAGCAUGUUCAGAGCGCUCUGCCUCAGUGCACUGCAGGGUUGGAGACAAUUCCAUUUCAAUAUUAGUCAAUUCAGGAAGUUAACUGUUCCAGUUACAAUUCUAUUUCUAAUGUUCCUCAUUGCUUUUCAAUGAAUUAGAAUUGACUGAAUUGAAAUGGAAUUGACCCCAACCCUGAUGUACAGUAGAUGAUUGUUCCUUGUAGUUGCCUGCGUCACCCUUCCAUGCCCUCCUCCCAUGAUAAGACCUCCAUCAGUUUGACCAGUAAUAAUCUGGGGUGUAGCUAGUGUAAAAGCAUGGGAAGAGCAAGGUUUGAAGCAUGAUGUCCCUAAUUCAUUUUAAGGUAUCCUGUCUCUUUUCAGUUAGUGUUCAGUGAAAGUUGACUGUAUGUGCAGUAGAGGGUCAUUGUCAUUGCAUGUCUUCAUUUUUGAAAACAUUAAUUACUUUUUUUUAUCAGAUCUUUUCAUCCUUAAACAAUUUUUGGGAAAUUCCCUCCUGCUUCUUAAUUUAAUUUAACCGUUAUUUAUACAGGUCCUUGCCUGCGCCACUCCCCCCUUCAAAUAUUCACCUUCUAGCACCUUCUAGCACCUUCUAGCACUCUGACCACUUUGCCCUUUCUCUUCUUCCUGUGUGUGUGUGUGUGUGUGUGUGUGGUGUGUGUGUGUGUGUGUGUGUGUGUGUGUGUGUGUGUGUGUGUGUGUGCGUGCGUGCGUGUGUGUGUGUCUGUCAGAAGCAAUGAAAAGCAACCAGGUAGACCUAGCCACUCAGGGCUGGUUCAUAGGGCUGAUGUGUGCCAUCGCACUCCUCAUCCUCAUCCUCCUCAUCGUCUGCUUCAUCAAGAGGAACAAGGGAGGGAAAUACCCAGGUACACACACACACACACACACACACACACACACACACACACCCUAGACAUUCAGCAACAAUGAUAUUAAUCGUAUCCACAGUGAAAGAAAAAGAGGACGCUCACCAAGACCCAGAGAUCCAGCCUAUGAAGGAGGAUGAUGGGACGUUUGGAGAGUACAGGUGAGAGACACUCUAUAACACAACACACACAUUCCUGUUGAAGACUACUGUACUUGUUCCAUGUUGUUCUGAUUGACAUGUUGUUCUGAUUGACAUGUUGUUCUGAUUGACAUGUUGUUCUGAUGGACAUGUUGUUUUGAUUGACAUGUUGUUCUGAUUGACAUGUUGUUCUGAUUGACAUGUUUGGAUGUAUAGAACAUUUUACCAAGGAACAAGGAAACUCUCCCUUCCUGACUCCCUCGAGGCAAGACAGAAUCUACACCUCUCUGUGUUUAAUUAACAAGACAGAAUCUACACCUCUUUGUGUUUAAUUAACAAGACAGAAUCUACACAUCUCUGUGUUUAAUUAACAACACAUAAUCUACACCUCUCUGUGUUUAAUUAACAAGACAGAAUCUACACCUCUUUGUGUUUAAUUAACAAGACAGAAUCUACACAUCUCUGUGUUUAAUUAACAAGACAGAAUCGACACCUCUCUGUGUUUAAUUAACAACACAGAAUCUACACCUCUCUGUGUUUAAUUAACACUGUAAAUGCUGUACUUACUUACAAAUAUGAUUUUAUAAUCAAUCUAAGCAACUUUUAUACAUUGGUGUGUGUGUGCAAAUACCGUAUGUAUUUUAAUGUAAAAUUAAAAACAUCUGUCAUGCUAUCAUUGUUGAGUAGUGGUAUCAAGCUUUACUGUCUCUAUCUGCACACCACUAUCUUGUGAUAUCAUCAUCAUACUUUCUGUGCCAAAUCAUUUUUUGUGAUUUUGUUGACUCAUAAGAAAAAAGUAUGUGUUUUUAGUUGAAUAAUAAUUGCGGUGCGUCGAACAUGUGUUGACUGAUAGAGGCUUCUACUGUAAUACAUGGGUUGACUGUUUGAUAGCAGGCUGCUACUGUAACACAUGGGUUGACUGUUUGAUAGCAGGCUGCUACUGUAACACAUGGGUUGACUGUUUGAUAGCUGGCUGCUACUGUAACACAUGAGUUGACUGUUUGAUAGCUGGCUUCUACUGUAAUACAUGGGUUGACUGUUUGAUAGCAGUCUGCUACUGUAAUACAUGGGUUGACUGUUUGAUAGCAGUCUGCUACUGUAAUACAUGGGUUGACUGUUUGAUAGCUGGCUGCUACUGUAAUACAUGGGUUGACUGUUUGAUAGCAGGCUUCUACUGUAAUAAAGCACAUAGCGGAAUGUAUUUUCUCAUCCACCACUCUUCAUGUGUUCCUCCAUUGUUCUCUGUCUUUGGGGUGUAGGUCCCUGGAAAGGUAAGAGGGUUAGCGUUAUGCUAUUAGCAUACAGCAAGCCUGGCAUGCAUCACACAACCUCUGAUACCGGUCUGUGUGUGUCUGAACUGAUACUAAAGGAGAGGGGUAGGGCCUUGUCAAACCGAGCACAGAUAAUAUUAUGUCAGUUUUACUCACUUGUUUGUUGUCCAGCACCUGAUUGUAAACCAGUUAUAUUUAUUGAACACUAACAGUCACUAAAAUCAGAAGCUACUAUUUGACUGUGUUUCCUGUUUGGCUUCAUUUUCAGUUGCUUUCAAUGUUUCCUUUUGGGUAGAAACAUGUCAACAUUCGGUUGUAUUUAUGAGUUGUGCCGUUGUAAUGUCGAUCUAAUAUAAGUAUAUACACUGAGUGUACAAAACAUAAAGAACACCUUCCUAAUAUUGAGUUGCACCCCCUUUUGCCCUCAGAACAGCCUCAAUUCGUCAGGGUAUGGACUCUACAAGGUGUCGAAAGCGUUCCACAGGGAUGCUGGCCCAUGUUGACUCCAAUGCUUCCUACAGUUGUGCCAAGUUGGCUAGAUGUCCUUUGGGUGGUGGACCAUUCUUGAUACACACGGGAAACUGUUGAGCGUGAAAAACCCAGCAGUGUUGCAGUUCUUGACACAAACCGGUGCCCCUGGCACCUACUACCAUACCCUGUUCAAAGGCACUUAAAUAUUUUGUCUUGCCCAUUCACCCUCUGAAUGAAUCCAUGUCUCAAGGCUUAAAAAUCCUUCUUUAACCUGUAUCCUCCCCUUCAUCUACACUGAUUGAAGUGGAUUUAACAAGUGACAUCAAUAAGGGAUCAUAGCUUUCACCUGGAUUCACCUGGUCAGUCUAUGUCACGACAAGAUAAACAACGUGUUCAACUCCACCUUAUAUAAACUUAAAUCGGGUGCUAUGUCAUGGAAAGAGUAGGUAUCCUUAAUGUUUUGUCCACUCAGUGUUGUUAUUUAUAGACGGUAUAAAUGUACGAGUGGUGAGGACAUACUAAGGACAGCCAUUACUAAGUCUUAUAAUGUUGUACAGGAUGUAAUUCUCACCGAGUGGUAAUGUGGUACAGGAUGAUUCUCACGUAGUGGUAAGGUGUACAGGAUGUAGUUCACGUAGUGUAAUGUUGUACAGGAUGUAGUCUCACCGUAGUGGUAAUGUUGUACAGGAUGUAGUCUCACCGUAGUGGUAAUGUUGUACAGGAUGUAGUCUCACCGUAGUGGUAAUGUUGUACAGGAUGUAUUCUCACCGUAGUGGUAAUGUUGUACAGGAUAUAGUGUGCUGCACUUCUACUGGUAGAUUGAUCCACCAGAAUCAGUUCAGUUUGUCAUUUCAAUAAAAGGGUUUUUGUACGACUCAGCCCCUCGACCCCAAGACCCCUAUGCAUUUUGGACAGAUCUGUUAUUUGAAUCCCUCUGAGUCUUUAAUGCAUGUAGAUGCAAUGGAGAGCACAUGGUCUGAUGUCUGCCUAGUAUGUGCAUUAUGCUGAGAAGCACGCCUUAUAGAUUGAAAUGGAAUCAUGUCAAAGUAUUCGUCACCAAGUCCAGUCCUGCAGAACUAGGUGUUCCAGGCUUUUGCUCCAGCCCAGCUUGAACACAUCCUAAACAAGACCUUGGUCAGGUGAAUCAGGUGCAUCAAUGCCAGGCUGGAACAAAACCCUGCAGCCCCUGUAUCUCUCCAGGACCAAACUUAGCCACAACAAUCUGACCUAAAGUAAACCAUCUCUCUACCUCUUUACUCACAUCUCUUGCUCUCCCCCUCCCUCCUAACCCUUAGUGACACGGAGGACCACAAGCCUCUGAAGGGCAGCCGGACGCCGUCCAACGGCACGGUGAAGAGAGACGACAGUGAUGACAGCCUGGUGGACUACGGCGAGGGAGGGGACGGCCAGUUCAACGAGGACGGAUCCUUCAUCGGCCAGUACAGCGGCAAGAAGGAGAAAGAUACACACGAGGGCAACGAGAGCUCCGAGGCCCCCUCGCCGGUCAACGCUAUGAACUCCUUUGUC